AUGGCUUCAACCACCACCACCACUCUCUGCGACCUCCCUGACGUCAUCUUAUCCACCAUUUCCUCUCUCGUCACCGACUCACGAGCCCGCAACUCCCUCUCCCUCGUCUCCCACAAGUUCCUCGCCCUCGAGAGAUCCACCCGCUCUCACCUCACUCUCCGCGGCAACGCGCGUGACCUCCACCUCCUCCCGGGUUGCUUCCGCUCCAUCUCCCACCUCGAUCUCUCCUUCCUCUCCCCGUGGGGCCACCCUCUCCUCACCUCCCUCCCCAUCGAUCACCAGCCCCUCCUCGCUCUCCGCCUCCACCUCUGCUUCCCUUCCAUCACCACCCUCUCCGUCUACUCACGCUCCCCGGCCUCCCUCGACCUCCUCCUCCCUCAAUGGCCGAGGAUUCGCCACGUCAAGCUCAUCCGCUGGCACCAGAGACCCUCUCAGAUCCCUCUGGGCGGCGACUUUGUUCCCAUCUUCGAAAACUGUGGCCUCCUCGAGUCUUUAGAUCUCUCUGCUUUCUAUCACUGGACGGAGGACUUGCCUCCCGUUCUCCACCGUUAUGCUGACGUGGCGGCGAGGCUUACUCGUUUGGAUAUAUUGACGGCUUCUUUUACUGAGGGGUAUAAGUGUAGUGAGAUCGUUGAUAUUACUAAAGCUUGUCCUAAUCUUAGAGAGUUUCGUGUGGCUUGCACGUUUGAUCCGAGAUACUUUGAGUUUGUUGGUGAUGAGACUCUCUCCGCUGUGUCUACUAACUGUCCGAAGCUAACACUCUUGCACAUGGUGGACACUGCGUCCUUGGCAAGUCCUAGAAUGGUUCCAGGUACUGAAGCUGGAGAUUCAGCUGUCACGGCGGCGACGUUGAUGGAGGUUUUCUCAGCUCUACCGCAUCUAGAGGAGCUUGUGCUUGACAUAGGGAAGAACGUGAACCUUAGUGGUGUAGCUUUAGAGGCUUUAAACACAAAAUGCAAGAAGCUAAGAGUUUUGAAGUUAGGACAGUUUCAAGGUGUUUGCUCCGCGGCAGAUUGGCAGCGGUUUGACGGUGUGGCGUUAUGUGGAGGGUUGUCCUCGUUGUCGGUUAAAAACUCUGGUGAUUUGAGUGAUAUGAGUUUGGUGGCUAUAGGGAGAGGAUGUUGUAUGCUGCGUAAGUUUGAGAUUCAAGGGUGUGAGAAUGUAACAGUGAAUGGAUUAAGAACAAUGGUUACAUUGCUUAGGAAGACAUUAACUGAUGUUAGAAUCUCUUGCUACAGAGUGUGGGAGAAACUUGAGUAUCUGUCUUUAUGGAUCAGUGUUGGUGAGUUUCUAACACCAUUACCUCUGACAGGACUAGAUGACUGUCCUAACUUGGAAGAGAUUAGGAUCAAGAUAGAAGGAGACUGCAGAGGUAGACGCAGGCCUUCUGAGCCAGAGCUAGGACUAAGCUCUCUAGCUCUCUAUCCAAAGCUCUCAAAGAUGCAACUAGACUGUGGUGACACUAUCGGUUUCGCGUUGACCGCGCCACCAAUGCAGAUGGAUCUGAGCCUGUGGGAGAGAUUCUUCUUGACUGGAAUAGGAAACUUGAACUUAAGCGAGCUAGAUUAUUGGCCACCACAGGAUAGAGAUGUUAACCAGAGGAGUCUUUCUCUUCCUGGUGCAGGUUUGUUACAAGAAUGCUUAACUCUGAGGAAGCUUUUUAUUCAUGGAACAGCUCAUGAGCAUUUCAUGAAUUUUUUGUUGAGGAUCCCAAACUUAAGAGAUGUGCAGCUUAGGGAAGACUAUUAUCCAGCUCCUGAGAAUGAUAUGAGCACAGAGAUGAGAGUUGGUUCUUGUAGUAGAUUUGAGGAUCAGUUGAACAGCCGCAUCAUCAUUGACUGA